CCGGGACAGGCUGCACGGAUCAGACCUGCAGCGGUGAAACUUCUCCUUAACCAAAGAAAGAGGAAAGAUUGUACAAGCGUCUUGGAGACUUUAUAUUUUAAUAUUUCUUUUGGCGACAGCUCACAGAGGCUAAUUCACACGAGGAGUAAACGGGUAGCAUCGUGUUUCCCCCCCUCUGUGUGGCCGUGAAUGUUCACCGGUGGUCAGUUUCCCCCAGCCAGAACAACAGACUCAGAGAUCGGGAUUCACUGGAGACACCCUGAUCUGCUGUCAUGUUGGCUUCAAUCACAGAAAGGGUUGGCCUCAACCUUAUGUCUGACAGAGAGAGAUUUCAUCCUCAGGAAUGCUAAUGCCUAAGGCUAAAACCCAAAUCCUGCUCGGUGUUAAUACCCCUGAUUUACUUGUGUGAUAACAGCAAGCUGACUGAUUGGUCAGAGGGGUUGAAUGGCAGCCAGAGGUGUGUCAGCGAUGGGCAGGAAGAUAGAUCUGUCGGGGCUAAAGGACAAUGAGGCGGAGCAUGUGCUGCAGGUGGUGCAGAGGGACAUGAGGCUACGAAAGAAGGAGGAGGAACGCCUCAGUGAACUGAAGCAGGAGCUGGACGAGGAGGGCAGUCGCUGCCUCCUGCUGUCACGGCAGAGAUGCUUUAACCAGCGCUGCUGCAUCCGCUGCUGCUCGCCCUUCACCUUCCUGCUCAACACAAAGCGCCAGUGCCAUGACUGCCACUACAACAUCUGCAAGACCUGCCGGGUCUACAACAAGCAGGACAAAGCCUGGCUCUGCUCCACCUGCCAGAAGAGCAGGUUGUUGAAGACGCAGUCACUGGAGUGGUUCUACACUAAUGUGAAAACACGCUUUAAGAGGUUUGGCAGUGCCAAAGUGCUGAAGACUCUUUACAGGAAGCACCUGGCAGAGCACAGCGCACUUUCAGAGCUUGCUGAGGGCAGUGCUUACGAGGAGAGUAUCUGCAAUGAGGGCAGCAUCUGUGGGAGCGACUCAACCUUCUACAGACAAAGUGAAGACCACAGCAUGGCAGAGACACUCACUGUGGCUUCGCGGGUGGCAGAGGAGGCUGUAGACGAGGCCAUUUCCAAGGCUGAGUCCGACACUGCCAAUCAGGAGAAGCAGAAUGAGGCUCACUAUCUGCGGGAGCACAGAGGAGAGCUCAUUGAGGAACUAGCCAAAACUAUUGUGCAAAAAAUUAUUAAUACGAGGAAGGCUUUGGCUGAGAUGAGAGCAGAAUAUGACCAGGAUUGGCCAGUUGAACACAACACUGACCUUUAUCAUCAUCAGUCCAACUGUGAUCAAGCCUCCAGCUCCCUUAAACACCAACCAGCCCUCUGGAGGUCACACUCUGCCUUCUCCCUGUUGGACAAUUACCCUCCAGGUCUGAUACAAGACUCCUCACAGGCGCUAAAGAAGGACGGAGGUAGGUUAGCUAUGUCAACCUGGAAGAGUGUAGACCGGCUGGACAACAUUGGUGUGUCCUCAGUGCUGAAGAGCCCAGACGGGAACUGGAUCGCCCUGCAGAGCGCUCAGCUGUCUCGUCCCAGCCUGCUGACCAGAAGGAAGAGUCUGGUCUUCAGUGCCUUGGAGAGGGAAUCUGAAGUGGUGUCCGCCUAUGAAGGCAUGGGCUCUGACCUCGAAUCCAAACCCGAAUCUGACAGAUCCUGGGGUGCCGUCCUCCAGGAGAUCAACAGGAAGAUGACAGAUUCUAACUCCAACCUGCAGGACACCCGCGACAGGAUCCCUUCCCUGCUGAUGGGCCGCCGAGGCAGCAGAGACGAUCUGUCUUCAGACUCUGAGGGGGACUGGAAGAGGAAGCUACCUGCAGAGAUCAGGCGAUCGUCAUCCUCCCAUAGGACCAGCAUCAUCGAUGUGAACUUUAAUGUGGAAAGAGCCGGAGUGGAAGAGGAGAGCAAGGUGGCUGCAGAGCCGGAGGUAGAAAAAGUCAGGAGAUCGCGGAGUAAAAAGAAGAGUAAAAAAGAGUUGUCUUCUUCUGUGCUGGAUAACAGCAACAAAGACAACCAUUUGCAACAUCCCUCUGAUGCUGCAACUCCUGAACCUUUUCACCUCGAGGGUGACAUGACAGGGCAUGGAGCAAAUCAGAUUGAGCAGGAGCUCACGCUAAAACCUACGCUAAAUCAGCUAGCAGGCCGCGUUUCUGCAUCCUCCACCGGAGGAGAAGAAGAAGUGAGAGAUGCUGGUAAUGAUGGACAGAGGGAGGAAAAGAGACGGGGGAGUGAGGACAAAGAUGAAGAAGAUGAGAGGCUGUGGAGGAGGGAGAUUGACUUGGAUGAAGAUAGAACAGAGGAAGAGGAAGACAUAGAUGAUAAAGAUAUGAAAUACAGAUUAUUCAGGCUGAUCGCACAGUCCAAACUCGCAUACUUCUCAUCUACUGAUAAUGAGUUAGACAAAGCUGGUCAGAGUAAAGAAGAAUGGGAAGGAGACAGGGAUGAAGAUAUGGAUGAGCAAAAGGUGAAAAAGACAGACGGACUUAAUUCUAAAAAGAAAGUCAGGGCCAACCAGUUCUCCUCCACAGAGGAUGAGCUGGACAGAGUUGGAGUCAUGGAUGAAGAGAAGAAGAAGAAGACAGGCGAGGAGGAGGAGGAGGAGGAGGAGCUGGCAGUGAAAGUGUGCCGAUUAGCUAACCAAACCAAGGCCACCCAGUUUUCAUCCACGGAGGAUGAGUUAGACCGAGCAGGCAGAGGUGAAGAGGGGAAGGAAGUGAUAGACGAAGAGAAGCUGUGGAAACUGGAGGCGGAAAAAGACGUCCAUGCCGCUCAACUGCGUGAUUUGGCCAGUCUAGUUAGUGCUUCCCAGUAUUCUUCCACUGAGGAUGAGCUGGAUAGAGUUGGAGAGAAUGAGGUGGAGGAGGAAGUAAAUGAAAGAGGAAUUAAGAGGGAGGAAGCGGUGCGAAAGAAUCGGGAAAGGAGAGAAUCAUUUGGAGAUUUGGAUGUGACAAUGUUUGAUUUAAGGUAUGAAAUUAAGGAAAGAAAGACGGAGAGCAGUGAUGAAAAAGUUGAAGAUGUCCAACAAGAUCAAACACAGAAAACGGAGGAGAUAUUAUCCUUACAUGAGACAAAAGUGCAACAAGAGAAGUGGCCAGACAAAAAGGAAGGAGAAGAGAGACAGGAAGAGGAAAAUAUUAGAGAAAGCAAAGGGAGUCAGGAGACAGCCGUAGGCAGCGAUGAGGAAGAUGCAGAAUUUCACAGAAUAAUCAGCAGCAUGUUAAUGAUGACUUUGGACGACAUGCAGGUAGAGACAUCGAAGGAUGAAGCUGCAGAAAAUGGGAGCAUAAAUAGAGAGCCAGAGGAAGUAGACACAGAUGAGAAUGUAAAAGUUGGGUUCGAAAAUGGCAAGGGGCAGGAAAAAGAUGCAGAUGCACAAGAAAAAAGAAAUUUAGCAAUCAAAGAGACACUUAAGGAUCAUGACGAACAAGAGGACAGAAAAGUCACGACUGAGUGGAAAAUGAUAGAGACACAAGAAGAUACUGCAGAGGAAGCUUUUGAAAAUAAAGAAAUGGAUAUAAGACUGGAGGAAACCAAAGAAGAAAAUGCAGACGACUUGGAGCAGAGCAGCUUGUCUUCUCUACAGGAGGGUCUACUGUCACCUGAGGAGAUUCAAAGUGGUAGUGACAUGGAGCUUUACAAAACAAUAGAGUUUAUCUCAACUCUGCUGAAGCAGAGGUACACGGCGGUGUCUCUGCGCAGCAUCACCACUGAGGUCCUGAAGGUGUUGAAUGCCACUGAAGAGCUGCUGCUGCAGGGGGUGGAGGGAGGAGACGGCCCCCGACUCUCUAGCACCUCUCUGCCCUCCAACACAGACCCCAAGAAACUGGAUCAACAGUUCUCCAGACUGGAGGAGAAUGUGUAUGUGGCAGCUGGAGAGGUGUACAGUCUGGAGGCGGAGCUGAGUGACCUGGAGGAGUGUGCAAGGGGCAUCUGCAGCGGGACGUCCGACAUGGAGCUGUCCUUCCUGGAGGAGCAGAUAGCAUCUGCAGCUGCUAAGGUUCAACAGUCUGAUCUGCAGACUUGUGACAUCUCGGCCAGAAUUGCUGCUUUGAAGAGUGCAGGCCUCAAUGUGGACCCACAACAGUCACGCUUCACUAAGACCAAGACUAUUCCAGUUAUGCCUGUCACUGUGGACUCAUCAAGACAGCUGAGGAGGCGAUUACCUGCACCACCAGUGAAAGAAGACAAAGAGGAAACCUAAAUCAUCGAUCCAGGACCUUUGCAGUACCUCCAACACAGCAGUGCCUUGACCCUCUCACUCUGCAGCCUACAGGCCGCUCUUAAGUUCCAUUGCCUUAAUUUCAUUUUUAGACUAAACAUG